AUGUCUCGAGGUAUCAUCAAUUGGAGUCAAUUAAGAUGUUACAGUUCAUUGCCAGAAUUGCCACAUUGUCAAUAUAAGACUCCAAUUUAUCAAGGUCCUGAUUAUGAGACAGUUAAAUUGACGCGCCUUGCACCAAGCGAACGUCCUUAUUAUAAAAAACCGCUCCUUAUACAUGAGGGUCAUGGUCAGUGGCUAUGGGAUCAUACUGGUCGUCGUUACCUCGACAUGUUCGCUGGAAUAGUAACUGUAGGUGUUGGACACUCGCAUCCGAAGAUUGUGGAGGCGCUGUCAAAGCAAAUAUCCAAGUUGGGAAACACUACGGUAAUUUAUAUGCACCCUCAGUAUCAUGAGUACGUCGAAAAAUUAAAAACAAAACUGCCUGAAAAAUUAAAUGUCGUUUACUUAGUAAACAGCGGAUCAGAGGCCAAUGAAUUGGCAUUUUUAAUUGCAAAACUUUACACUGGAGCACAGGAAAUUAUUUCACUGCAGAAUGGAUACCACGGAGGAACAUUAGCUACGCAAGCGGCUACUGGAUUAAGUGUUGCCAAGUAUCCAGUGCCUCAAGCUAAUGGAUUUACUCACAUAAUGAAUCCCGAUGUCUAUAAAGGUCCGUGGGGAGGCUCUCAAUGCCGUGAUUGUCCAGUAUCUCAUGGAAAAAAUUGCCCAUGUAUUGGAAAUAAUUGUCAGGCUGCAGAUAAUUAUUUUACUCAAUUGCAAAAUGCUUUUAAAUAUAGUCUACCGUCUGGCAAACCUAUAGCCGCUUUCAUAGCAGAAAGUAUCCAAGGCAUUGGGGGUAUCGUACAGUAUCCUAAGACAUAUUUAUCCAAGGUCUAUGAUUUUGUACGAAGCAAAGGGGGUAUUUGUAUCGCUGAUGAAGUUCAAACUGGGUUUGGUAGGACUGGAGAAAAUUUCUGGGGCUUUCAAGGACAUAAUGUUGUACCGGAUAUUGUUACAAUGGCUAAAGCAAUUGGUAAUGGAUUUCCUCUAGGUGCUGUUGUUACUACACAAGAAAUAGCCCAAGUCUUGAAUAAGGCUAUGAGGGUUAAUACUUUUGGUGGUAAUCCACUGGCUUGCGCUGUUGGUUCUGCUGUUCUUGAUAUAAUUGAAGAAGAAAAGCUUCAAGAAAAUUGUUUUAUAGUAGGUACACAUUUAUUGCAUCGAUUGAGUACUCUAAUGCUGGACUACCCGACAAUAAUUGGAGACGUUCGUGGUAAAGGGUUGAUGAUUGGAGUUGAGUUAAUAGCUGAUGUUGAAACAAAAGAACCCAUGGCAGUAGAACAAGUGUUAGACAUUUUUGAAGACAUCAAAGAUAUGGGUGUUCUGAUUGGUAAAGGCGGAGUCCAUGGAAAUAUACUGAGAAUUAAACCUCCAAUGUGUGUUACAAAAGAAGAUGCUGACUUCACAGUUGAGAUUAUUAAAAAAGGGGUGGAAAAUCAUCGAGAUAAGUAUAUAAAGAACAAAGAAAGUGUUUAUUUCACGGCUGUUUAA